AGGGAGGUCAGGGAGGUCAUGCAGUGUCAGUGUGGUUAGCAGCUGCUGAUAAGCAUCGCGAGGUAACUCUCAUUACCAGCUAGCUGCUCCACACACAGUUAAUUAUCCGCAAUGGAUGCAGUCUUCUCUAAAGACAAUGGUUCCCUGUUCCCCUCUUCUCCUGUACGCAAGUCCUACUACUGCCCCACCACCCCACUACGGACAGUGGAGACCAUGCCCACACACCCUCACACGCCCACACAUCCUCACAAGACCACACACCUUAAGACGCACUGGGACCUUAUAACUCCAGUGGUAUCCAUAGCAACGACAGAGUCUGUUCUGAGCAAUAGUGGGUCGUCAAAAUUCAACGAAAGUUGGCCAAGUAACUCGGAGGUCAUAGAGGUCAGCUCUGCAGGGGGCGUGGCCAGUGAGAGCUGUAGGGGGUCCAAUGCAGGGGGCCCACCUGCAGAAACUCUAGCAAACUAUGUGGAGAGGUUUAGACGAGCUCCACCCACGGACAGGACCACCAGAGAGAAACCAAACUACUCGUUCUGGUGGAGGCUAGACCAUGAUCAUGUGACACCCCCUGGACGUCAUGUGACACCUCCCAGGACCCCACAAGACCACUCUACCCCGGACAACACUAGGAAGACCUGCUCCACAAGCAUACAAGUGUCUAGUCUAGUCGUACCCUCGGCUGAUGAUAGUUUGGACACAAGGUCACAAGAGGUCAUUGACAAGAGCUCCUCAUUGAUCAGCUCUGUAGCUGCCGUCAAAUACCUUAAUAGUCACCAUGGCAACAACGAGGCUCUCACCAUAGGUGGUCCUGUGGUGUGGGCGGGAGGUGUGCCAACUGUGGAUAGUGGGGAUGACAUUCUGUAUCAGUGGAGGUUGCAAAGACGAUUAGAAGUGGCUCGGAAAGAGGCGGCCAAUAACGGAGGAGAAUGGAACAAUCGACUGUUGAACUGUCCGGAUACCAAGUCUAGAAGAGUGGAAACACAAUCUUCUAAUAUUCCAGUGGAAUGUUCAUGUACACACAAUCAUCAGUACACACCCUCACAGCCUCACAGGGAAGACCGCCCACCACCCUCACAUCAUCACAACGAGGACUGCCCACUACCCACACAGCCUCACAGGGAGGAAUACCCACCGCCCACACAGCCUCACAGGGAGGAACACUCACCCACACAGCUUCAUAGGGAGGAACGCUCACCACCCUCACAGCAUCACAGGGAAGACCGCCCACCACCCACACAGCCUCACAGGGAGGACCGCCCACCACCCUCACAACCUCACAAUGAUGAUCCUAGUUUGUCAGACUUUUCCCUGGACUUCACUACAGAGCUAGAGCCCGCCUCUUCCCAAGGACCCAUCACUAGCACUGCAGUAGUUCAUGAGGUGAUUGUACAGCGUCUGUUUGGUGACACUCCUCACAUCCUCACUCCUCACACCCCCACACCACCAGCUACCCCCCACACUCUUCACACCCCCACACCGCAAACUACCCCCCUCACAUCAGUUGAGACUAGAUCAAAGAGUCCCUGUGAAGAGGUUCCCUCCCUCCCAUGGGACCACCACAUGGAUGAUGAUCUGCUAAAAACCCUUAUCAAGAGAGCUCAAGCCUUUGAAGAACACAUUAGGAUCGUUGAUGGUCGCCUGGCUGCAAUGGACUCUCAACUCUAGUAUAAACACUGUAGUUAGGAAGGCCCUCUCUCAGCUAUACCUGUGUACAUGUGUUGUGGCUAGUGUUUGAAUGGUUCUUUGGCUGUCA